GGCCUGUCUGUCCCCGGUGUCCGGUGAUUCGGGCAGAUGAUGAUGAACCGCCCAUACGGGGCAGUUGACGCUGGGGACAAACGGGCGCCGCCACCCGGGGGAAGGCUCGCGGUCUGCGCGCUCCUAAACUUUUGUUUAGCCGCUGAAAUGCGCCCAACCACCGCCUGAGGUUACAUCGUUACGUCCGUGUCGGCUAAAAUAGGCUUUAAACGCGUUUACUGUCGGGGUUCUUUUUCCUCCUUUUUUUUUUGAGCACGGCAACACUUGCGAGCGCCGUUUCUGAAGAACUGUGCCUUGUUGUGCCCCCCCCCCCCUCGCCUCCCCUCCCCUUCUCUCCCCCCCUCUCUCCCCCCUCCCCUCCGUGCCGCACUGGUUCCGUCUGGCUCGCCCUCAGCUGCUGCGUGUCCCGGGAUGACCUGUUGAUGUCGGUAGAAUGGAGAAUGGCAGGGGGAGCGAUUUCCCCCAUCACCGAAACCUUUGAGUGAGCAGCAUUUCGGGGCUUUGACGACCGGGCGUCGCGGCGCGGCUUCCUCCUCCGCUCGGGCAACCCUUUGGCGGUGUGCGUCGGCGCACCAUGGCCCAGACCCUCCAGAUGGCGAUCCCAAACUUUGGAAACAAUGUCUUGGAGUGUCUGAAUGAGCAGCGGCUGCAGGGCCUCUACUGCGAUGUCUCCGUGGUGGUUAAGGGCCACGCCUUUAAGGCCCAUCGAGCUGUGCUGGCUGCUAGCAGUUCUUAUUUCCGGGACCUUUUCAGCAACAGCAACAGCGGCGGAGGUGUCGGCAGUGAGGCGAGCCCGACUGUGGUGGAGCUCCCGUCGGCUGUGCAGCCCCAGAGCUUCCAGCAGAUUCUGUCCUUCUGCUACACGGGCCGUCUUAGCAUGACGGUGGGGGACCAGUUCUUGCUCAUGUACACCGCCGGCUUCCUGCAGAUCCAACAGAUCAUGGAGAAGGGCACCGAGUUCUUCCUGAAGGUCUCCUCUCCGAGCUGCGACUCCCAGGGCCUCCACGCCGAGGAGGCCCCGUCCUCGGAGCCCCAGAGCCCGGUGACGCAGACCAGUGCCGCUGCCGGCCGGCCCGCCUCCUGCCUGACGCCGCUCCCCCUGGUGUCCCGGGUGAAGACGGAGCAGCCCUCCAGCCAGCCGGAAGGGGCCGCACCUUACUCGGUGGUCUGCACCCCGGUGGCCAAGCGGCUGUGGGAGGGUGGCAGCAGCAGAGAUGGGACGGGCUCUGCAGGAGGAGGAGGUGGGGCCAGGAAGGCGGCGCGUUAUUCCCAGGAGGCGGUGCGGACCAGCGCCAUCCAGAGCCCCGGGGCGCUCGGACUGGCCAUGGGCAUGGGGGCCCACGUGAACAGCCUGACGGGCACGGGGGCCGGCGGCGGGCUCAGUGGCGGCGGCGGAACCAACGGGUGCUCCGGCGCGGGCCUCGGCAUGUCGGAGGGCGCCAGCCCCGGCACCCUGAGCACCUACGCCAGCGACUCGCCGAUCAGCUACCACGACGACGAAGAGGAGGAGGAGGCGACGGAUGAAUGUGCUGAAGAGCAGUACAGGCAAAUCUGCAACAUGUACACCAUGUACAGCAUGCUCAACAUGGGAGCUGCAGCAGCUGGUGAGCGCGUCGAGGCUCUGCCAGAUCACACAGAGACGCGCGGGCGCAUGCGGGGCAGAGACCUCACAUGUCUCCCCGUGGAGCUCAUCGCUCAGAUAGGCAACCGCUGUCAUCCCAAACUGUACGAGGAAGGAGACCCUGCUGAGAAGCUAGAGUUGGUCUCAGGUACUUCUGUGUACAUAUCGCGAGCCCAGCUGAUGAACUGUCACGUGAGCGCAGGCACCAGACACAAGGUGCUGCUCAGGAGGCUGCUGGCCGCCUUCUUCGACAGGAAUACUCUGGCCAACAGCUGUGGAACAGGCAUCCGCUCGUCCACCAAUGACCCGAGCCGCAAGCCCCUGGACAACAGAGUUCUGCAUGCGGUCAAAUUUUAUUGCCAGAACUUUGCCACCACCUUCAAAGAGAGCGAGAUGAACGCCAUCGCGGCCGACAUGUGCACCAACGCCCGGCGCGUCGUCCGCAAGAGUUGGAUCCCUAAGCUGAAGCUACUGAUGGCGGAGAGCGACGCCUACACGGCUUUCCUUCCCGACGGGGUCAAGAUUGAGGAGGACACCCUGGGGGCGGAUCCAGCCUUUGACCCCGCCUCUCUGGAGGCCGCCGGCGGCGCUGGCAUGGAGUCCGCUGGCUCUUCAGGUGAAUCGCUACCAGGCGUGGGUGGGGACGGAGGACCGUUAUUUUGAACAUUGCGUCUGGGGAAGUUUGAAAUGGUGACAAACACACACACACACACACACACCAAUAUUCCCCAGUUCUGCUUGCCUCUACACCCUUUGGCCCUCGCUGAUCUCUCACAUCUGACUAUCUAUACUAUAACUGCUAGGGUGAACAGAUGUUACCCUGAUGUAACCAGGACAUGAAAACUAUUUUUGCUUUAUGACUGUACAAUGGAUUUAGUUGCGUGAAGGGAGAGAGUGAGAGGGUCUUCUCCUAACUGCCCUCUGCCCCCCCUUGUCUUUUUAAUGUGUGUAAGAGCAUCCACUGUUGCAUAUUAAAUACAUUCCCUGAAAUGCAGGCGAGGGGGUGAGUUGGCGGCGUAGCCUGAGUAGGAAGGUAGGGUGGGAUGGACGGGCAAGGAGUUGAGGUGGCGAGUGUACUGGAUUUAAAGUGUCAGUGGCAUUCUUCUCUUAUGCAACCCUGACAAUUUCUAUUCCAGCCUAAGGGAAAAAAGGAACUAAAUUUAAAAUAGAUACACUAGUAAACAUUAACACUACCCGUUCUUCCUCGCUUCUUCCUCUUACCACUAGGUAUUUAUCACCACAUCAUCGUUCUCUAGACCAGAGAAUUGCACCCGAGUGUUUCACUGUGCAGCGUCCUAUACAAAUGUGUUUCAUCUGUCUCUUUUUUCUAAAUUUUUAGCAUGUUUCUCCGUCUAUAAACUGAAAAAGUGAUCCAGAGUGAAGGUGAAAGCUUUUUACUGAGGUGAUUGUAAAGAGAAAUUGAAAUGGCAACAGGUAAUCAAAGAUGGUCGUAUUUUUAGAAGACAAACUAUAUUUAUACAAGCGCCCAUGCCGAGAACGGUGUGAGCAAAGAGAGUGAAAGGGAUUGUUUUAAAAUCUCAGUCUUCUAUUGCUUCUAUUGAAAGAGGUCUUGUCAAAUAUGGAAAAGUGCUAUUUUUGCAUAAAAAGGAGUUUAAUAAAGCAGUCUUAUCACAAGA